GAUGUGCGCUGCGCCGCCGCUCAGUGCUGGGAGGGCGGUGGCCGGUCCGAGACUGCCGCGCUGAGGUCUGUGCCUCCCUACCGCCGCCAUGGAGACUGUGGUGCUUCUGGUGCUGUCUCUGGUGGUGCUGGUGCUGUUUCUGAUCUACCGGCACGGCACUCGGACCCACGGCACGCUGGAGAAACUCGGCAUUCCCGUCAUCAAGCCCUACCCGUUCGUGGGGAGUUACCUGACGCCUUGGACCAAGUACACUGCAGUAGAGGACCAACGCAACGCCAAGCGAUUCGGGGCAGUGUGGGGCCAGUAUGACGGCUUGGUUCCCUAUGUGUACGUCGCAAGUGUCGAACUGGCCAAGUGUGUCAUGAUCAAGGACUUUGAGUACUUCCAGGAUCGACCAGUCUCAAUGAUGGACUACGAAUACGCACGGGACAUGCUGGACUUCUUGAAAGGUGAACAAUGGAAGCAAGUCCGCAGCCUGUUUUCAAAAACCGUCUCCUCGGGCUCCAAACUGAAAGCCAUGAUGACCACCGUAAAGAAAUGCACUGAAGACGGCUUUAAACGCCUGGACGCUAAACUAGAGAAAGAAAAUGAACUUGUAAUUCAAGACGAACUCUUUGGCCCCAUAGUUCUGGAUGCAAUGUCGCAGUUUUCGUUCGGCAUAAAAAUUCCAAUGGAGGACAAGUCAAACCCAUUCCUACAGCAUGUGAACAUUUUCACAGCUGGUGAUUACGAAACCCCUGCUUGGAAGGCUGCUUUUAGACUGAUCUUCAAGCCCGGCAGCGAAUUUGAAAUGAUUGUCCCCGCUUUUAAGUUCAUGAACGAAGUGAUGAGAAAGUCCAUAAAAGAGCGUCGUAUAAGCGGUGGCAGUAAGGGUGACAUCGUGGACAUCAUGGUUGACGCCAUCGACAACAAGGUGCCGACCAAGGAGUUCCGCGACCUGAACAUCACCGAGGACAUCAUCGUGACGCAGGGCGCCGAGCUGCUGAUGGCCAGCUACGGCACCACGGCAGCCGUGCUUUCCUUCUGCACCUACUACCUCGUGCGGUACCCGGACAUCAUGGAGCGCGUCGUCUGCGAGGUCGAGGACGAGGAGGAGCUGACGUACGAGUCGGCGCAGCGGCUGCCGCUGCUCGAGGCCGUCAUGUACGAGGCGCUGCGCCUGACGCCCUUCAUCCCGCGUCACAUCCGGACGUGCACGCGCGACUGGGAGCGCGACGGCGUGCGGAUCCCGGCUGGCACCAACGUGGUCAUCUCGGCGAGCACCCUCCAGAUGGACCCGGGCGAGUUUCCGGAGCCGGAGAGUUUCCAGCCGGACCGGUGGCUCGCCGACGGCGGCCGCAAGCUGGGCCAGUACCACUGGAUGCCGUUCGGGUUGGGGCCGCGCGCCUGCCUGGGCACCCGGCUGGCCACGCUGGAAGUCAAGUACAUCCUCGCCAGCUUCCUGAAGCGCUACCGCGUGUCCACCUGCAGCAAGUCGCGGCUGGAAGUAAAGCCGGGGCUGUCGUUACUCGCAGAUUUCUACUCCAUCUGGAUCAAGGUGGAGAAACGCUAGGGCAUCGAACCUGGAGGGAUGGUCAGCGAACAUUACAGCGUCGAGUGAAUUCAUAGCAUAGGGGUCAUAAACUAGGGUCUGACCCUGUUGACCCUGUUGCCGCUGGCUUGCUGUUCAACGUAUAUAAGGUAGCUUACAUGCAUUGGCAUCGACCCCACCUAUUCAUUCAGAAGGUGACUGUAAGUUUAUGCAUAUGCUGACUCAGCUAAUCGAUACGCCUUUCAAUGCCUGGCAUUCUGAAGACGCUAUGCGAGAUGCGCUUCUGUCAAGACUUCGUAAUAAGUGCUCGCAUUAUUGUGUGACGACAUUGAUGUAGGGUAAUGGAAAUAGCGCACAUUGGGCACAAUUGAUGGCGCACAAGGUACAGAUAUGGAUAAGAGAUACCUUGUCUCUAAUCCAUGGUACAGACUAGCUGAUUCGUUCAACUUAUGUGCACAUCAAAUAAAUAAAAAAACAAC